AUGCACGAGAAGGGGGCGGGGCUCAGUUCGACGCGGGCGGCGCGCCCGAGCUGGCUGCGACAACGCGCAGAGUUGUGCGAGGAGAGAUUCGCGGAGAUGGGUGCAGCCAAAGCCCGCUUUGCAUUCCCGAUGGGCGAGCGUCGGUUGUUCAUUUUAGUCGUCCGCCACCAGUUCAGCGCACCUUCGCAGGUGGUCGCAGCAGGCUUGCUAGCGAGGUACACUGCAGACCCGAGUGCAUCGGACUGCGUUUCGUUCAGGCUCAGAUCGGACAUGCGAAGGGGUAAGGUUGGCAGCGUUUUCAUUUCCGCGCAGAGCCAGAUCUUCUCGCGAGGCCUUGUUCGCCUGGCGUCAGACGCAGAGAGCCUCGGUCUCCCGCUGGCGGCCGCUGCGGAGGCCGCCGGCAGCGCCCUGGCGGUGGCCUCGCGGAAGUUGCGGGCGGAGUUCAACAGCCGCGAGGCCAUAGCCGCGAUCGCACGGGACGCCGACGCCCCGGCGGACACGGCCGCCGUGUUGGAGCGACUCGGCCGGGAGUUGGCCGAGGGCGAGCUGGACCUAGACGUGCUGGUCCUCGGCGAGGCGCUCGCGGAAGACCCGUCGCGCCGCACCGUCACGGCGACCACGCCCAUCGGCCCCGGCGGCGGGGACCCGGUGCGGAGAGUCAGGAUGCGCCUGCCGAGCGUGGCCGACAUUCGCGGGCUCCUCGAGACGCGCCGCGAGCAGAACCCGCGCGUGGAGAAGGCGCAGGACAUCGCCGAUACGCUCGGGAAGUUCUUGAGCGAGAAGUUCUACGGGAAGCGCAACGACCACGUGGCGCUCUUGUCAGCGUGGAAUGCGAAGCCGAUCGGGGAUGCCGAAGGCGAGUUCGCAGAGGUCGGGGCGCUGAUGGACCUCUCUCUGAAGGCCUUCGGGGCAGCAUUGAAGUCUUCCAAGGAAGAUUUCCAGUUCGAGAUCGUCCGCGAGGGCGAUGGCAGGGAUUGCCUCGUGAUGCCACCGGCCAACUUUUCGCUCCUCGGCUUGAAGGACACUUUCAUCACGCUUCUUCAAGGCUACCGCGUGCUGCUGGUGGUGCAGCCCCGCUUCUUCCCGCACUUCCAGGUUGCGAAGGGCACGAAGUCGCCCUACGUGGACGGCGCCAAGGUGCUGGUGGAUGGCAAAGUGGUGCCGUGGGAGGGCGCCUGCAGCGACGUCGUGAGCCCUCUGUUCGCGGCGGACGGCAGCCGCAUCGUGAUCGGCCGGCAGGCCGUCUUCACCCCCGAGGCUUCGAUGGCCGCAGUGGAGGCCGCCGCGCGGUCGUGGGCGCGAGGUCGCGGCGAGUGGGCGCAGAAGUCCAUGGAGCAGCGCAUCGCCGCGGUCGAGCUCGCGGUCCACAGGCUGAAGGAGCGGCGGUCGCAGAUCGUCGAGGUCUUGCAGUGGGAGAUCUGCAAGAACGACGCGGACGCGGCCAAGGAGUUCGACCGCACCAUGGAAUACAUCGCCGCCAGCAUCGCACAGCUCCGUGCCGCGGAGUCCACGGGCGUCGUCUGCGAUGGGGGCGUCCACGCCAUCCUCCGCCGCUCCCCAGUGGGCGUGAUGAUGAACCUGGGACCGAUGAACUAUCCCUUCAACGAGACCUACGCCACUCUCAUCCCGGCGCUCCUUUGUGGCAACUCCGUGGUCAUGAAGAUCCCCAACCUUGGAGGCCUCGCCCAUGUGCUCACCAUGGAGGUGUACGCAGAGUGCUUCCCGAAGGGGGUCGUGAAUUUCGUCGCUGGACGCGGGCGUGACACCAUGCCGCCGAUCAUGCGUUCGGGCAAGGUAGACCUGUUCGCGUUCAUUGGCUCCUCCAAGGCGGCCGACUCGCUCAUCCGCGAGCACCCGCAGCCGCACCGCCUGCGCAGCCUGCUGUCGCUGGACGGCAAGAACCUGGGCAUCGUGCUGCCGGACGCCGACGUUGGCGUGGCUGUGAAGGAGUGCCUUGCCGGCAGCACCGCCUUCAACGGUCAGCGCUGCACGGCCAUCAAGUUGAUCAUGCUCCACGAGUCCAUCGCCGACGAUUUCUGCAGGCGCUUCUCGGACGCGAUCGCCGCCCUGCCGGCCGGGCCGCCCUUCGGCCAGAGCGCCAUCACCCCUUUGCCAGAGCCGGAGAAGCCCAAGUACCUCGCCGAGCUCGUGGACGACGCCACUUCCAAGGGCGCGAAGGUGAUCAACGAGCGCGGUGGCGAGACGGACCGCACUCUUGUUUUUCCCGCCGUACUGUACCCAGUGACCAAGGAAAUGCGCGCUUUCCACGAGGAGCAGUUCGGUCCUCUGGUCGCCAUCGGCAAGUACUCGGACAUCGAGGAGGUUCUGCAGCACCUGGCGGACGUCCACUUUGGUCAGCAGGUGGCCCUCUUCACAAGCUCGGCCGCCCAGGGAAGCCAUCAAUUGUCGCACAUCCUCGACUCGUGUGCGCUCGCCACUUGCCGCGUGAACAUCAACGCGCAGUGCCAGCGUGGGCCAGACUCCUUUCCGUUCGCUGGCCGCAAGUCAUCCGCGCUGGGCACCAUCAGCGUGUCUGAGGUCCUGAGGGCGGUCUCUGUGGAGACGAUGGUGGCCUCCAAGAGUCACGCGGAGACGUGGGGAAUGGCCCAGGGAUCAAACGCGUUUGCGCCGGUCACGAGCGAUCAGGACAGGGCCCGCGCGCCCCUCCGCGAGAAGGUUUGUGAGUCCGAGGAGGUGCAGCGGGACCUCGCGGAGUGCGGCCUGCCUGCGGGGCUCUUGGAGGUGGUGCCAGGGGUCACGCCCGAAGCGGACCCAGAGGUGCUGCACGAGGUGCUGCGCCGGGUGGACAGGCUGCAGUUUACUGGCUCGUCGGCGAUGUUCAAGGCCCUUGUCAAGAAGGCGUACGAGCUUGGGAACUUGCGGCUAGAAUAUGCUGGCGAGGUGAGCGGCCUCAACAAGGUCCUGCUGGACGGCGUGUCCGCCACGCAUCCCGCCGCGGCCGCUGGCACCGCCUGGGCGGCGAUGGCAAACAACGGCGAGCUCUGCACCUCGGCCUCACUGGUGGAGUUCGACCCCUCGACGGGGGACACCGCACAAGGCGUGAAGGCGGCCUUGGAGGCCCAGGAAUUCAAGGUGGGCAGGGACGCGUCCGUCGCCGACCUCAACGUGCUCCUCAAGGAUGGCAAGACGGAGUCGCUGGAGGUCAAGACGGAGGCGCGCCUGCAUUCUGUGCAUCCAGGCAUGUGA